AUGGGACAUUCUGCAACUUCCAAAAAAUCUGGGUGGACUUGGGCUUGGAAAUAUGCAUCACCAAAAUCUGGGCCGGGCCUCCUUUUUAAGUGGAUAUGGCGUUUCAUAACUGAGCCCAAGGCGCUUUGGAGUCGUGUAAUUCGGGAGAGAUACGGCUAUGAUGAUUACUUCACACCUUCAUCUCUUUCGAUUCCGAUAAAAGGAGGCUUAUGGCGUAAUCUAUGCUCAGCCCUCCUAAGCAACGUGAUCUCAAAACCUCUUGUUCUCUCUCAAGUUCGGAAAAGAAUCGGAUCCGAUUCUCAUACUAGGUUUUGGUUCGAUUUAUGGGUGGGUGAUUGCACCCUUAAAGUAUUAUGCCCUAGACUUUUUCUCCUAAGUGCUCUACCAAAUGGAGUGGUGUCAUCCUUCGGGUUUUGGGAUGGUUCUAAAUGGGAAUGGUCAUUCGAAUGGAAGAGAAGUUUGCGCCCCCGUGAUCGCGAGGAGUUGCUGUCCCUCCUCUCCACUCUCCAACGAGUUGUUUUUGACCCCUCGAAACAAGACGAUUUCAUAUGGUCUCCUCACAAAUCGGGAGUUUUUUCAGUUAAAUCCUUUAAGAAUGAAAUGGCAAAGAGUUCACUUGUUCAUAAUCCACUUCCCAGCAUCGGAAUUUGGAAAGGUUUAGUUCCUCUUCGGAUUGAAAUUUUCGUAUGGUUCGCAAUCCAUGGUAAACUAAACACCCGUGACAAACUGGUCCGUCUUGGUAUUAUUCCGGCGGAUAACAUCUUCUGUGCCUUUUGUGGGGAAGUUGCCGAAGACUCAAACCACCUAUUCACUCAUUGUUCCUUUUCGAGGGAAAUUUGGAGCUGGUGGCUCGGUAUGUGGGGGACUUAUUGGGCGUUUCCAUUCAACCUGCGUGACUCUUUUCUUCAAUGGAGGGCUCCCUUUGGUGAUAAAUUUUUCAAAAAAGUUUGGGCUGCAAUUUUUUUCAUAAUCUUAUGGUCCCUUUGGAAGGAACGGAACUGUCGUAUCUUCAGAGGAAUUUCCAUGGCUUCAAUCCAGAUUAAAGAAUUGAUAUUGCUUAGAGUUGGGUGGUGGAUCAAGGGUUGGGACCCAUCUUUCUCUUAUAGCCCGAAGGAGAUUUUAAGAAACCCCAAAUGUCUUCGUUGGAGUGGGUGCAAAGCCAUGAUGCCAUCUCCAGCUUCGGACCUAAAGCUUCGCCUUUGGUCUCCGCCACCUCAUCCAUGUCUAAAAUGGAAUGUGGAUGCUUCGUUUCAGCCCUCCUUCAACAAGUCAGCAAUAGGUGGGGUUCUUCGAGACUCUUCAGGGAAGUUUCGCUGCCUUUUUUCCUCUCCAAUUCCUCCCAUGGAGAUUAAUAUGACCGAGAUCUUUGCCAUUCACCGAGCCCUAAAGAUUUCACUCAGCAGCUCAAAUUUCGCAAAUCAUCACCUUAUAGUGGAAUCCGAUUCCGCAAACGCAGUUAAAUGGUGUAACGAAAAAUCAGGUGGUCCUUGGAGCAUUCAUUUCGUACUAAACUUCAUUCGAAACAUCCACUCCAUGGGUAUCCAAGUUACAAUUUGCCAUCGUGGAAGAGCUUCAAAUUGUGUCGCAGAUGGUUUGGCAAAACAAGGUCUUACGAGAUCUGAUGAUUUUAUUGCUUGGCUGUAG